GAUUCAGAAGCCAGCCAGAGCCCACAGUACAGCUUCGAGUCAUUACCUCAGAAGAUCUGUUUAAUCUGUGGCGAUGAAGCGUCAGGAUGUCAUUACGGUGUCCUUACCUGUGGGAGCUGUAAGGUCUUCUUUAAAAGGGCAAUGGAAGGACAGCAUAAUUAUUUAUGUGCUGGAAGAAAUGACUGCAUCGUCGAUAAAAUCCGCAGAAAAAACUGCCCAGCCUGUCGCCUUAGAAAGUGCUGUCAGGCCGGCAUGGUCCUUGGAGGUCGAAAGUUUAAAAAGUUCAAUAAAGUCAGAGUUAUGAGAGCACUAGAUGCUGUCGCUCUCCCACAGCCAGUGGGCAUUCCAAGCGAAAGUCAAGCCCUAAGCCAGAGAAUCACUUUUUCACCAACCCAAGAUUUACAGUUGGUCCCCUCGCUGAUCAACCUGCUAAUGAGCAUUGAACCAGACAUGGUCUACGCAGGAUAUGACAACUCCAAACCGGACACCUCUAGUGCUUUGCUGACAAGUCUUAAUCAACUAGGCGAGAGACAACUUCUUUCAGUAGUCAAGUGGUCUAAAUCACUGCCAGGUUUUAGAAACUUACACAUUGAUGACCAGAUAACUCUCAUCCAGUAUUCUUGGAUGAGCUUAAUGGUGUUUGGACUAGGGUGGAGAUCCUAUAAACAUGUCAGUGGGAAGAUGCUGUAUUUUGCACCUGAUCUAAUACUAAAUGAACAGCGGAUGAAGGAAUUAUCAUUCUAUUCCUUAUGCCUUACCAUGUGGCAGAUUCCACAGGAGUUUGUGAAGCUUCAAGUUAGCCACGAAGAGUUCCUCUGUAUGAAAGUAUUGCUACUUCUUAAUACAAUUCCUUUGGAAGGACUAAGAAGUCAAAACCAGUUUGAAGAAAUGCGAGCAAGCUACAUUAGAGAGCUCAUCAAAGCAAUUGGUUUGAGGCAAAAAGGAGUUGUCUCUAGUUCACAGCGUUUCUACCAACUUACAAAGUUUCUUGAUAACUUGCAUGAUCUUGUCAAACAACUUCAUCUGUACUGCUUGAAUACAUUUAUCCAGUCCCGGGCACUGAGUGUUGAAUUUCCAGAAAUGAUGUCUGAAGUUAUUGCUGCACAAUUACCCAAAAUCUUGGCAGGGAUGGUGAAACAUCUUCUCUUUCAUAAAAAGUGAAUGCCAUUUUUACCUUAAAAAAAUUAAAUUUUGUGGUAUGUCUGUUUUUGUUUGGGUUAGGAUUAUGAGGUCUCAAAUUCUUUCAAUGUUUCUUCUCAAAGCCUUACAUUCAUAUCAUACCAUUCUGUAUAAAUGCCAGAGAAAAUUGUGAGAUUUUAAUGGUUUUUCCUUUAUACAGUGUCAUUAGAAUUUUUGAGUGUUUUUGUGUAUCCAUAUUUUCUUUACGAGUUUACAAGAUUGAAAAAGUACUAAAAUUGAUGGUUAAGGUAAACUUAAUCUUAUCCAUAUUAUUUCACACCAUUUAGGUGAAGAUUUUGAACUUUUGCAUCUAACAAAUCUGCUUUAGAGAGAAAAAAAGUCUUACACGUAAUACUAAAAAGCUAUUAUAUAUGUUCCUUCUAGGCAGCUCCCUUUGUCUCCUUGAUUACUUUUACAAAAAUGGACCUUUAAAAUGGUAUGCAAAAUUUUGUCUACAUGGGUGUAUAUACAUUUUUGUUAGAAGGAAAUUUAUAACCUUUAUCAGAUUUUCAAGAGUUUUUAAAUGCAAAAAAAAAAAAAAAAUACAUAGAGAAAAAGAGUUUAAAAUUUUUGAAAGAGAUCGAUGUUCCUCAAACUAGGAAAAGUAGCACAUAUAUAAAACUGUUUCCCAGACUGGAAACAUAAAUCUCUAAAGAAGUUAUUAAGUAGAGCCAUAUCAUUAUGACAUCAGUAUUGUGGGUUUUGUAGUUUUUUACUAACUUUGGGGAGUUGUCCUCUAGUAAGAUAUUAUGAAUCGAAAUAGGAAGUCAGAAGAGUUGGUGGCCUAAUUCCAUUCCUUAUUUGGGAGCAUGUGGAUAGUCACUUUACUGUUCUCAAUUUCCUCACCUUUAACACUGGUGUAAUAAUAUCUUUACUGCAAAAUGUUCCUUUUGAUCAGAGCUUCUUAUUAACAUCUCAAAU